AUGCUAAUGACGAAAACAAUUCUAUCACUUAUGGCACUUCUAUUUGCUUUGGCGAAUGGUCUCGUUGCCCCAGCUACUUCUUCUUCUUCCUCCUCCAACAUGAUGGCCUCUGCUGCCGCUCUUACCAGAGACAAUCUGGUCAUGAUGCCCGCUACUUUGGAAAAGGAAAAAGUCCGAACUUCCGGACCUGCUGUUUUGGAUCGACCAACGACGGACAAGAAGAGUGAAAAUCCUAGAAAGGAACACAGCCGCACCGGUGGUGAAACUUGGGAAGUCCGCAUCUACAACGAUGGCAUGAACACUCGCGAGCACGUUGCUCGCUCGUUGGUUCAAGUCACUGGGUUGUCUGAAAUGUCGGCUUACCAAACCAUGAUGCGGGCCCACCAAGAUGGAAUUGCUACCGUCGGAAAGUGGUGCUUUGAGAUUGCAGAACUAUAUAACGAGGGACUAGCGAAAAACGGAAUCAUUUCCGACAUUGUUCCUGUCGAUGAAGAGAGAUAA